GACUCCUCAUCAACCCAAUGAGCGCAGCGGAGGGAGGUUUCUCCCCCUCUCUGCUCCUCUCCUCCUCUCCUCUCCUCCUCCAGCGUGCAGCUCUCUCCUCCAUCUCCUCCUCACUUCCCCAGUCGGCCAGCCAGCCUGUCGGAGCUCCUCUAACUGCGCGCAACCAACACCGUGUCGCUCCGCAUUGACAAACUGCAGGACGGAUUUUCUUUAUUUCUUUUUCUUUUUCUCUUUUUUUAUUUAUUUUUUGUUGUCGGCCAGGCGCUCGUUUUGCACAUUUUGGUUUUUAUUUAUUCAUUUAUUUAUUUAUUUUUAUCUCGGAGGGAAAACCCUAAUGGAGUUUUUGGCGUUUUUUGGAAGGCAACACGCUAAAAUAAUGCAGCAGCGGGAAAGGAUCCGAGACUAACGAGUCUCCCCCUUGGAGUAACGGCCAAUGGACUCCACGCAGAGAGCCUCACCCCCCCUCGCCAACUGCUAUGGAGGCACGCCAAGCCACGCCGGUGACCUUUAUCGCACCAUGAAUGCAAGCUCCGCCGCUCUAAGAGGACACAAGUAACCUUUUCUUGUUAUCUAAGAAGGAGCUGUUGAUCUGAAGAGAGAGGAGGGGGGAGGCGGGGCAAGAGGUGGAGAGAGGAGGAGGAGAAGAAGAAGAAGAAGAGUCCAGUAAAACAAACAGUCAAACAAGCAAAAAAAAAAAAAAAAAUCAGGCAGCGACAGGAUGCCAAAGAGGUCCGAGGAGAUGCUGGUGGAUCUGUGGAUGUCCUUGCUGCUGGUGUGGAUUACUUGCGUCCCCUCCGUUUCCACGACCCCCGUGGGGGGCCAAUCCAGAACAGCACAAACCGGAGGGUCGGCGGCGGCGGCGGCGAGCAGUCUUGGCGAAGGACAAAGAUUACUGAGUCGCGCCAAGAGAGGAUGGGUUUGGAAUCAAAUGUUUGUGCUGGAGGAAUUCUCUGGACGGGAUCCAAUCCUGGUUGGCAGGCUACACACAGACUUGGAUGUGGGCAACAAGAACAUCAAAUAUGUCCUGGCAGGCGAGGGGGCAGGCACCAUCUUCGCCAUCAACGAGUUAACAGGUGACAUCCACGCCAUGAAGAGGCUGGACCGCGAGGAGAAAGCGGAGUACACGCUAACAGCCCAGGUCGUUAACGCCGACACAGACGAGCCUUUGGAGCCACCGUCCGAGUUUAUCAUCAAAGUCCAGGACAUAAACGACAAUCCGCCGCAGUUCAUCGAAGGCCCGUACCGCGCGUCUGUUCCCGAAAUGUCUGCUGUUGGUACCCCGGUUACCAGGGUAACGGCCACGGAUGCCGACGAUCCGGUGUACGGGAACAGCGCCAAGCUGGUCUACAGCAUACUGGACGGACAGCCGUACUUCUCCGUGGACCCAAACUCUGCUACCAUAAAAAUCGCUCUCCAUGGGAUGGAUCGGGAGGUGAAAGAGGAGUACUUUGUGGUCAUCCAGGCUAAAGACAUGGGGGGUCAUAUGGGCGGCUUGUCCGGGACGACCACAGUGACCAUCAUGCUUACAGACAUAAACGACAAUCCACCCAAGUUCUCCAAAAGCUUGUACGAGUUUGGGAUCCCUGAGGACCUUCCGAUAGGGAAGACAGGCGGCAAGGUGAAGGCGACCGAUCGAGACAUCGGCGAGAACGCAAAGUCAACGUACAACAUCAUAGAGGGAGAUGACCAGGGCACGUUCGAGAUCAUCACCGACGCACAAACGCAAGACGGGAUUCUUAGGCUAAGAAAGCCUCUGGACUAUGAGAGCAAGAAAGCCUACACACUGAAGGUGGAGGCCACCAACGUCCGCUCGGAGCCCGGCAGCGGCGGGCCCUUCAAGGACACGGCCACGAUCAAGAUAGUGGUGGAGGAUGCCGACGAGCCUCCGGUCUUCUCCAAGCCCAUGUACCUACUGGAAGUGAAGGAGAAUGCCCCCGUCGCCACGGUGAUCGGGAGGGUAGCCGCCAGGGAUCCGGACUCCUCCGGGAGCCUCGUCAGGUACUUCAUCGAUCGGCACACGGAUCUGGAGAGGCAGUUCAACAUCAAUGUGGACGACGGGAACAUCACGCUGGCCAAGCCGCUGGACCGGGAGACGGAUAUGUGGCACAACAUCACAGUAACCGCUACAGAAGUCAGAAACCACAGUCAGAUAUCAAGAGCAAUUGUGGCCAUCAGAGUAAUGGACAUUAACGACAAUGCCCCUGAGUUUGCCACUGAAUACGAGGCCUAUCUGUGCGAAAAUGGGAAACCUGGACAGGUGAUUCACACCGUCAGCGCCGUCGACAAAGACGACCCGAGCCAGGGUCACAGAUUCGACUACCGCCUGGUCCAAGAGGCGCAGAGCAACCCCAACUUCACCAUCAAACACAACCAAGACAACUCGAUCAGCGUCGUCGCCAAGCAUGAUGGCUUCCGGCGACAGAAGCAGGAGAUCUACUUCCUGCCGAUUGUUGUGUCGGACCAAGGCCAUCCGCCGAUGAGCAGCACCAACACCUUGACCAUCCGGGUCUGUGGGUGCAGUAGAGAUUUAGUGGUCCAGUCCUGCAACGUGGAGGCCUACGUCCUUCCCAUCGGUCUCAGUAUGGGGGCGCUCAUCGCCAUCUUGGCUUGCAUCAUACUCUUGCUAGUAAUAGUAGUACUAUUUGUGACCUUGAGGAGACACAAGAACGAACCCCUGAUCAUCAAGGACGACGAAGACGUGAGGGAGAACAUUAUCCGCUACGACGACGAAGGCGGCGGCGAGGAGGACACCGAGGCGUUCGACAUCGCCACGCUGCAGAACCCAGACGGCAUCAACGGCUACCUGCCGCGCAAGGACAUCAAGCCGGACCUGCAGUUCAUGCCCCGGGCGGGGCAGCACUCGGGCCCGAACGGCGUGGAUGUGGACGAGUUCAUCAAUGUGCGUCUUCACGAAGCCGACAACGACCCGACGGCCCCGCCGUACGACUCCAUCCAGAUCUACGGGUACGAGGGCCGGGGGUCGGUCGCCGGCUCCCUCAGCUCGCUGGAGACGGCGUCGUCGGACUCGGACCAGAACUAUGACUAUCUCAGAGAGUGGGGCCCGCGCUUCAGAAGACUCGGGGAGCUCUACUCUGUGGGCGAAAGCGACCGCGAAACCUGACCUUUGGUCUGUUAGGGAAAAAAAGGAAAGAAAAAAAAAGACCUUUCUAAGUUUUUCUUCUUUUCUUCUUUUUUUUGCUUUCGACAUAUUUGUGUAUUAAACGCUAGGGUUUGCUGGCUCAUAGAAACGUGUUUCAAAAUAAAAAUAAAAAUCAACAACAACAAAAAAAAACAUUAAUAAAGAGCGGCCACCUUUUUGUAUUCUUUUUAGAGUGAGGUUUAGCAGUCGUCAUCCACUAUGUCAAGCGCAAUGUACUUGUCGAGCCAAACAAUGUCUUUAUUAGGAGAUUCUUGUGGAGUGUACCUUAGAUUCAGUGUGGAGUGUCUAGCAGUACUUCGGGUGUUUGUCAUUUGCUGUGACUGCAGGUAGCAGACAAAACCCUGGCAUUUCUGGUAGUUACCAAACCGACGGUUGGUUCCGCGAAGAUCGACCGACCGGUCACCGUUACCCUGUUCUCCCUGGACACCGAGCUGGACUACAGAAGCUGCAGUGGGACCUUCUGAGUCUCCCAACGGCCCCCUACCGGAGAGAUGAAGGGGCUGACAAAUGAAAAAGCAAUACCUGGACUACAUAACAAUGAUGAAUGUAUAUGUGGUUUGGAAAUCAAGCAAAAGGACUAACAAAGGAUUGGCUUUAAGGUGAAAUUGUCAUAAUUUGAUAUGUUCUCCGGUGACUACAUUUCUAGACUAUCCGAAAGCCCCGGGAGGCUCGCUUUAUACAACUCUUUGUAUUUACAUGCUACAGGUGUGGGUCGCAAGUGUUACUAGCCUAUAAAAGACUGACAUAAAGACAAAAAACAGAAAUGUAGAAACUUUUGAGGCCUUCUUUUUACAGAAGCAACAUUAAAUACAAUUGUAAUCUACUGUUUUUUGACAAGAGACUUGUUGAUUCUUCAUUCCUGUUCUAUCGGUUUUUGUAUAUCUGUUCUUAAGUCUUCAUUUCUCCCCUUCUCCCCCCUGUGCUAUUUGAAAUGAGUGUGUUUAGAUGAUUUCACAUACAUGUUUUUGUUUUUCCGAAACACUUGAUCACAGUUUAAUAGCAGCCAAAUCAUAUCGUGAAUUCUUGCAGGUGAUGAUUAGGCAUGGGCUUUUUAACAAACGUACGCCGAAGUUCUGUAGCUUGAAAGUCUAUUGGAUCUGAAGGUUUCCUUUGACUGUGCGGAGCAUUGAGUAAUGCAAUGCUGCCUCUUUCCCACAUUUCAACAUGCGCUGCCCGUCAGCUGGCUGAAAGACCUUCGUCUCCUUUGAUGCAUUGAACACAUCAAUGUUUUUCCUCUGUACUUUUAUUUCUGGUAGGCCUACUGACGUGAAAUUCAGACCAGAUGUCAGUAACAACAUCCACACACUUAAUCCAUGAAUUUAAUUGUACAAUAUCACGACAUGACAGAGGAGAAGUUAACCAUGAAAAAGCUGCAAAAAGACACAAAUCCAGGAAAUUAUAUAAAAUCUGUUAGCACUUAAUAGCAAAUCGAUAUAAACUGUUUGUAGCGCAAAUUUAUGGCUUUUCUAAAGGUCUCCUACUGCCCUGUUGCCAAAGAUCAAAAUGGCUAAAAUACUAGCCCCUUAUUUUAUGUUUUACUGCUUUACUUUGUACAGAAGGUCUGGACACUCGACUAUUGAGAAACGACUGGUUUCAAUUGCCAGGCUAAGACUAACCUAUGCUAUUAGUACAAAACAUGCUAAUGGCAUUGGUUACAGAUAUAUUUCUAAGGAUAUAAAUGCUCCUCCAAGUAGCAUUGUGGCAAUAAUGCUACAGUGUAAGGAACAGUAAAUACAGAACCAUAAAUCAGCCUCAACCUGGUGCUCUUGGCUAUAUUUAUUAUGGAGGAAUGGGGAAAAAAAAAACAAUCAGGAAAGAGAACUGAAACCGCCAUGCUUUGUGUAAGAAAAACCUGCUGAAAGUCACUUCAAAAGUUUGCUACUUUUGAAGUAAAUGAACUGAUGAAGUAAAUGAAGAAUAUAGCCUUAGUAUUUUGAGACCAACUUUAUAAUCUGUGGAUGUCUUUGCACAGUCCGCGUUUUGGAAAAGAAAUGGGUCCUGUACAAAUCCUAAACAAAACCAAACCAACAGUGAAGUCUGGAGGUGGGAACGCCGCCUUCGUUUAGCAUAUGGCAUUGUCGGAAGUCAAAUAUUUAAUGGGAGGCUCAACAGAGAAAUGUGCCAGAAAGUGAAGAUGAAAUGAGAGUGGAUUUUUAAACAACAUAUGGCCAAAGAAGCUGAAUUAGUUUUAGAGAAAGUACAAGAAUCACCUAGUCAAUCAUUCAACUUGAAUCCCUUUAGAAAUAUAAUGAAACAUCCAAGCGAAUGCAUCUUCAUGCAUUCGCUUGAAAGUUGAAAAUGGUCUGUGUGAAAGUAAGGGUCAAAAUGACACCUGAGCAACACAUGCAGCUACUUUUGCCAUAAAAGAGACAUCAUAAAGCUUUCAUUACCAUAAUAUACUUUUCCAUCCAAUCCAAACACAUGACUGGUAGAUUAAUUGGCCUUACUAAAUUCUUCUAAGGUAUCCGUGUGUGUGUGUGUCUACAUUGGCCUGUGAUGGACUGGCAACCUGUUCCUGGUUUUCUUUAGCCUCUCGCCCAACUGCAACUGAAGUUGGACAAUGGAUGGAUGAAUGUUCAUCCAUCGUAUUCACCUUCUUUUGCCUAUCGAUGAUGCUUUCUUUGUUGCCCACGACUGAUGAAACUUUAAUGUCAGUAGUUCCAUUAGAUUUACUGAGUUAAGAUGUUGAUGUGUUCUUAUUGUUUCCACUCUCAUACAGCAAAACAUGUCUAGUGCUAUACAAUGAAACCAUCAGUAUUUUACUCAAAGUUAUCGUAUCGAGAUUCUCAUACCGGCCCAUGCCUAGUGAUGACACAGACUAGAUGUAAACAGGCACACUCGAGCUUUAAGGUUGCUCAAACAAAACAGAGGAACUUACUGAUAGUGAUUAAUAAUAGUAAGAUGGUACUAUGAUAUUUCUGACAUAUGCUGAUUGAGAAUAAAAUGCAACCCAAGCCACGUCCAAGGGUACAACAAGUGAGCCUCUGAGCACAACAGUCCAAUUAGGACCCAGGUGUGUGACUUUCUUCAAACAUCAAACCUCAUUUAGCAAAUGCAGAUCACAUUAGCCCAAGAAAAAUGAAAACACUGAUUGAGAUUAUGUGCAUAUUGUGCUCACACUGUAUGAUACCAAUUAAAAAAAAAAGUCUUGUUCUGUACAUAGAGUUACUGCUAACGUCAUUAGCUUUCGAUGAGGUGGUAGGUUUUGUCUCUGCACGUUAGCUCUUGCACAUAAUGACAAUUUCAAUGGCACUGCAGCUGCGUGCAUACUCAGUUUGUACUGAUACAGUAUUCUGGCAGUUCUUAGUAGACGAAACAAUAUAUAUGGGAUAGUUCUACAUGCAGAUCAUAUUUUCUACUGUGCUUUAAUGCUUAUAAAUGUGUAUGUUCAAUUAUUUACUCCCUGUACUGUAAUCUAAGACACCCUGUAUUGUUUCCUACUUUGUGAAAUAUAUUUUUAUAAAUAUUGCUGAAUGUG